AUGGGAUUCCCUUUUAAAAAGCGCGUGAAGGAAGUUUUCUAUUCUGAUCCGGCAAUGCAAAUAAUAAGGGGUAUUGUCGCAAGGGAUGUCGAGCAAUCAGAGGCUUCAGCCACCAUCACAGCUGGAGGAGUUGGUUUUUCGUUCGUCAACCUCCGACUAAAGAGUGGCAGAGGUUCUGGACUUAACUAUCAAAUUGAAAUUUACGUGUGA